CUGCCUUGGCCGGUCGGUUUUCUUGAUGAGCCUUGCUGGUCGGCUGCUGAAGAGGCGCCAGUAUUUCUUGACUGGCUCCAGGAAGGAUACAAGUAAGGUCUUCGUUAAGGGGUUGUCAGGUUGGUGCCGCGCGGGCCGUAUGUUGACGGGUUUCUGCCCUGUCUGGAUUUCAAUUUCUUCGUCCACGGCUGCGUCGCUAUCCGCUUCGUUGCCAUAGAGGUCGGUCAGCUUGCAGGGGCAAUCUGAGACUAGGUAGGUAAACCAUUCCUGUCUAGUCUCUAUGGCGGCGGCCCCUAAGUCGGUUGCCCAUUCAGUCUGUCUCUGCGCGAGGAGGUCGCGGGUGGUUAUGUCGGCGGUAAGGACGGCCCAUCCGGACCUGACUUGGAGAACUCGCGGGAUCUUGCGUGGAUCCACUCCGAGUUUCCGGGAUAUAGGGUCCGGAUUGCAUAGUCCUUAUGGGUCCUGGCCGGAGAUUCGGCGUCCAGCCGGAUGAAGACGCGGAGAUCCUCUCGGGGUGGGGCGCCUGCAGUCGGUUGUCCCUGGCGAUGAGGGGGCUGUUGUUGUUGACGUUGUUGUUGAUGGUAUCGGGGUUGGUGGGCAAGGGCGUUGUUUGCAGCCGGAGGCGAGGCCGCGACGAUGCUGUAGGUAGGCGCCGGAGCAGAUUUGGCGUCAGUAAGCGCCUGAUUCCAGGAGUCCAGGAAGCUAUCGGCAAACUUUUGGGCGAAUUCCCGUUCGGGCCCAGUGGUGAAUUGUUUCGCUGCUUCUUCAAAUUUAGCGCAGAAGGCCUGAAACACCUUCAACUUGGCAUUGUACUCCUCCACACGGUCGCGUGCGAGCUUCGUGGCUGCUUCAAAAAUGGAGACUGGUUGCUGUACAGCAGUCGAGGUAGGGUCAGGGGAGGGGUCAGGAUGGGCGAUCUGGGCUCCUUCCGUAGCCGCAGCAGUAGAGAUUGCAUUGAGAGGCGAGGACGGCGUUUGAGCCGUCCUCCCGUGGGGCUGUUUUGCAAGAGGGCAGUGCGGGCUCCUCGAUUGAGAUUGGCAGGAGUAUGGAUUCCCAGGUCAAAAGGGUCCGGGACAAUAGGCGGGCAGGAGGUGGCGGUUGUUGUGGUGCAUUUGUUAAGAAGAUUGGUGUAAUUAGGGCUACUUUCUUAACAUCUGCAUGCCAAGAAAGUAAGAUGACAAAGGAAGGUUUUGAUUGGCUUUGUGUGACAGGCUGGCUUCUCGGCCCACCGGGUAACUCGCAAGCUGAGAGGGCGGGAGCGUGCCAAACUUAGGUUGCUCGUGAAAUAUGAUAUGACCAUCAAACUACGUG